AUUUGAAAAUUAAUGUCCCCAGUAUUGGAGCUAGCCUCUAGUCUCGCUAGAGACGGCGCGCUGAUGUAGCCCAUUCCAGAAGUCUCCUGCCCAUAGAAGGGGCUGCUCUGAUUGUCUUCUGGCUUGGAGCCAAAAUUCUUCACCCGAGUGGCACAAAUGAAGAGGCGAGCAGCAUGUGCCUCCCUACACACCCUCUCAGGGCAGCUGAGUUACCCAGAGACAUGCACCACUCCACCGCAAGCCAAGCAGCACGCAGCCCUCCACCUCAGGCCUACACUGAUGCAGUCCAUCUAGGAGACAGGUCCAACCAUGCAAUGCUCUGCCUCAAGCACACAGCAGUGCAGUCCACCUAGGGGACAGGUUCCACAUGCAGUGGUCCACUUCAGGCUCACAGUAGUGCAGUCCAUGUAGGGGACAGGUCCCACCUCCAGCACUCCAUUUCAAUCUCAGCAGGUGCAAUCUACGGUUGAGAUGUGUGUCAGGUACCAGCUAGGUCUGCCUAAGGUGGGAAAUUGAAAACCUGUAUUUUCCACCAUAGCUACUCCCCUCUUUCAAGGCCAAAGUUCUUUCAUCAUAAGACAAAAAACAACCCUCCAGAACCAAAACCUUGUUUCUGUUCAGUGCCCCUUUCACAGCUGCAGCACUGAAAGGCUUGAGGCUUUGGAUAGAUAUUUAAAGUUGAGGUUUUUUUCCUCUUACAAAAUACCUAAACUAAACACGAUGUUAUAGUUGAAAAUUUACAUCCUUAUCAUGGAAAUGGUUAAGUAUAAACCUGACUAUUCACACACACAGGUACGUGCUUAAGUAUUUUUAGGAUUAGGAUCUAAAAUAUUAAAAAGUCAGUAGAUUCUUAGUUACAUUAGCUUUAUCUCAGGAUCCAUAGAUCUCUGACCACUCAUCACUUAUGCUGGAGAAUGCUCCUUAUUCCCCUUCUUGACACAUUUAUUUGCCUGAUUUACAUCAAAUUAUAUUUAACUAAAUAAUUCAUGAUCUACCAAUCUGCCACUUCUGGCAUUGGAUAAGGCUAUAGGUGUCUCCAGCUCAUGAGAGAGUAAACAGCAGAAGGGCAGGAGAAUGGAAGACAGUUUUCUAAGCCAUGGAGGGAAGCGAAGUGCUGAUGACUUGAUUGUCAAUGGCAUAGAAAUCUACAGCAUGAAAAUUGACAGCAAAGUGACUUCCCGAUUUGCCCACAAUGUCAUCACUAGCAGAGCUGUCAAUCGUGCCAAUGUGUCUAAGGAAGUGGUUUUUGAUGUGGAUCUCCCUAAGACAGCCUUCAUUACCAAUUUCAGCAUGACAAUUGAUGGUGUUACCUAUCCUGGGACUAUAAAAGAAAAAGAAGUUGCAAAAAAGCAAUAUGAGAAGGCUGUUUCACAGGGACAGACUGCAGGUCUUGUCCGGGCUUCUGGGAGAAAAACUGAAAAGUUCACUGUUUCAGUCAACAUUGCAGCAGCCAGCAAAGUCACUUUUGAGCUCACCUAUGAGGAACUGCUGAAGAGAAACUUUGGAAAAUAUGAGAUGCUCAUUAAAGUAAAACCAAAGCAGCUCAUCAAUCACUUUGAGAUCCAGGCAAACAUCUUUGAACCCCAAGGUAUCAGUGAGCUGGAAGCACAAGGAUCAUUCAUCACCAAUGACCUGUCACAAGUUAUUAAAAAAUCUUUCUCAGGAAAAAAGGGCCAUGUGUCUUUCAAGCCAACCAUUGAUCAACAGCGAACCUGUGCAAAUUGUUCAACAUCACUGUUGGAUGGAGAUUUUACAAUAAAGUAUGAUGUGAAGAGAGACAGGCCGGGUGAUUUACAAAUUGUCAAUGGAUACUUUGUACACUUUUUUGCACCAACAAAUCUUCCAAAUUUUCCAAAAAACGUGGUUUUUGUAAUAGACAUUAGUGGCUCAAUGUCUGGAAUAGGAAUACAACAGACAAGGGAAGCACUUCUUAAAAUAUUAGAGGAUGUUAGGGAAGAUGACUACAUUAAUUUCAUACUGUUUGGUUCUGAUGUACAUGUUUGGAAAGACACAUUACUGAAAGCCACUGCUGAGAAUCUGAAGGAAGCUAAGGAUUUCGUUCGAGCUAUUAACACUCAAGGCAUGACAAAUCUACAUGGUGGUUUAAUGAAGGGAAUUGAAAUGCUGACUACAGCUUUUGAAACAAAUUCUGUGCCCAAGAGAAGUGCAUCUAUUAUUAUCAUGUUAACGGAUGGUCAACCCAAUGAAGGUGUAUCAGACCGUCAGGAAAUUCAAAUGAAUGUAAAAAAAGCCAUUCAAGGAAGAUACCCCUUAUAUAACCUAGCUUUUGGCUAUGGUGUUGACUAUAAUUUUCUAGAAAAGAUGGCACUAGAGAAUAAAGGGUUGGCUCGUCGCAUCUAUCCACAGUCUGAUUCAGCCAUACAAAUGGAGGGUUUUUAUGAGGAAGUAGCCAAUCCCAUGCUUACAGAAGUGGAGUUAAACUACCCUGAAAAUGCAAUAUCUGACUUAACUCAAAACAUCUUUAAGCACUACUAUGAUGGCUCUGAAAUCGUGGUGGCUGGACGUCUUACAGAUAAUGACCUGGACAGUUUGACUGCAGAUGUGAAAGCUCAAGGUGCAGAAAAUGAUGUGAUGUUUAGUGAACAAGCAGAUAUCGAAGAAACGGCAAAAGCUCUUCAAGAACAGGAGUACAUAUAUGGGGAUUACAUUGAGAGGCUUUGGGCUUAUCUCACCAUCCAACAAUUACUGGAUAAACGCACUGUAGCUCAGGGAGAAGAAAAGGAAAAUCUUACCACUGAAGCCCUGGAGCUCUCUCUGAAAUACAAGUUUGUGACACCUUUGACAUCCAUGGUGGUUACGAAGCCAGAAGAUAAUGAAGAUAAAGCUGCAAUUGCUGAUAAACCAGUAGAAGCUGAAGGCCAGAUUCAUGCAAGGGCUGUCCCAGGCACUCAAUCAUAUCCAACACAUUCUUAUCUGUACUCUAGGCCUCCAAUCCCCUCCUUAUAUACUAGUGUUGAUGGAGAUCCACACUUCAUUAUAUCAGUGCCACAAAAAGAAGAUGCCAUUUGUUUCAAUAUCAAUGAAGAGACGGGUGCAGUGUUAAAUUUAAUAAAUGACCCAGUUACAGGCAUCAGAGUCAAUGGGCAGCUUAUUGGAGAUAAGAGAGUGAGCAGUGAUGCAAAGAUCCAAAACACAUAUUUUGGAAAGCUUGGGAUUGAAAAUAAGAAGCUGGAAUUAAAACUAGAAGUAACUCCUGAGAAAAUAACCCUCCAGAAGGGCAGAAAGAAGACAGUUUUCACCUGGCUUGAUACAGUCACCCUGCGACAAGAAGGUCUAACUGUCAUAAUCAACAGGAAAAAAAAUCUAGUGCUUUCAAUGGGAGAUGGCGCAUCAUUUGUUAUUGUUUUGCACCAAGUGUGGAAGAAGCAUCCUCUACACCAGGACUUCCUAGGAUUGUAUACGCUGGAUAGUCACAAGCUGUCUGAACGUACCCAUGGCUUAUUAGGGCAAUUUUUUCACCACAUUGACUUUAAUAUACUUGAAAUCCAUCCUGGGUCUGAUCCCAAGAAACCAGAUGCUACAAUCGUGAUCAAAAACAAUAAACUGACAGUAACUAGGGGCUGGCAGAAAGAUUACAGAAAAGAUCCCAAGCAUGGCAUUGAUAUCCCUUGCUGGUUUAUUCAUAACAAUGGAGCAGGGCUGAUUGAUGGAGUUCACACAGACUAUAUUGUUUCCAGUAUAUUUGGCACAACUGUAAAUUAAUCCUCAGAUGUGUGUUUAGAGACCAUUUUUCUGAAUGAUUUAUGCUUUCUAAUAAUCAGCUGUUAAAUUAUAGUUAAGCUAUCCUGAUCUCAGAACUGAGAGGGACCUUGAAAAGCCAUUGAGUCCAGUCCCCUGCCUUCACUAGCAGGAACAAGUACUGUCCUUCACAGAUUUUUGCCCCAGAUCCCUAA